GUCACCUCGUGUUUGGCAGAUUGGUCCGUAUCCAGUUAGCAAGUUUAGUGAAACCAACUAAACCUUCACAAGAUUGACUUCAGCUUCGACAUUUCAACCGGGCUUACAUGUGACCCACUGGCACCAGCUGUCACCCACAUAUUACUCAGUUGCACCUCUUGUGUCAAGUGAGAAGCAGGCAGCCCACAGACAUGUCUUCACAGGGAGAUGGAGCUGCAGAGCAGCAUCCUGAGACAAAACUGUCUGAUAAUUCCUCCACUGAGACUGAUGCCACUGGUGGAGCCAUCAUCACUGUCACCAUAGGGGCAACUGUGCCAACAGGGUUUGAACACACUGCUGCAGAGGAAGUCAAGGAGAAGAUUGGGGUCGAUGUGCGGAUCAGCAAAGAUCGUGGUCGUAUAUACUUUCCAAUAACUACUGACAAGCUUUUCCAGGUUCAUCUUCUGAGGUCUGUGGACAACCUGUUUGUUGUGGUUGAGGAAUAUGAUCAGUACCAGUUCAAAGACUCAAAGGAGGAGACUUUGGCGGAGCUGCAGGAGCUUGCCUCCAAACUCCCCUGGACUAAUGCCCUAGAGGUCUGGAAACUAAACGGCAGCCUUAAAAAGAGAAAAGCCCAUCGGAGAGGAAAUGGUAACAAAGUAAAACCUAACAGUGAGACCACAGACGCAACCGUGGCUGACACUGAGCAGCAAGAGCUACCUGAGGCUGCUGAAGACCAAACUAAGCCAGAGACCACACCUGACAUUGAAGGCAGCAAGCAGGAGUCAGAGGAUGCAGCACCCAAAGCCAAAGUACUCAAGUUUCGUGUGACGUGCAACAGGGCCGGUGACAAACACAGCUUUUCCUCUAAUGAGGCAGCCAGAGACUUUGGUGGGGCCGUACAAGAAUUCUUUCAGUGGAAAGCAGACAUGACAAAGUUCGACAUUGAGGUUUUACUAAACAUACACAAUCAGGAGGUGGUGAUUGGCAUCGCACUCACUGAGGAGAGUCUCCACAAGAGAAAUAUCAGUCACUUUGGACCCACCACUCUUCGGCCUACCCUGUGCUAUGGCAUGCUCAGGCUGUGUAAACCUCAAGCAUCAGAUAUAAUACUGGAUCCAAUGUGUGGAACUGGAACGAUACCAUUGGAGGGCGCCAUCGAAUUUCCCAGUUCAUUCUACAUUGCCGGUGACAACAAUGAUAUGGCAGUUAAUCGAGUAGUCAAUAAUACACGUCACAUCCAGAAAAGGAGGGCGGAAAUGGGCAGUGUAUCUGGAUUGCCCAUUGACACGGUGCGGUGGGAUCUGUGCAAUUUACCCAUAAAGACUAGCUCUGUUGACAUUAUCAUCACUGACAUGCCCUUUGGAAAGAGAAUGGGCUCCAGGAAGAAGAAUUGGGACCUCUACCCCUCCUGUCUGAGAGAAAUGGCCCGUGUGUGCAGACCAGGCUCAGGAAAGGCUGUUCUGUUGACACAGGACAAGAAAUGCUUUGCCAAGGCUAUCUCAAGGAUGGGCGGACUGUGGAGGAAGUUACACACUGUUUGGGUCAAUGUCGGGGGUUUACAUGCUGGAGUCUACCUCCUCAAGCGGACCGGAGCUGUGUUUGGCCAAACUCCUGAAGAUGUCUAUGAAUCACGAGGAAUAGUUAACACACAUGAGAAGGGGGAUGACAAGGAGCUCCCUUAAUUCACAUCCAGUGUUUAAGUUCUAACAUGAUUAACAUUAUUUAUAUUAUCUUUGCUGAUUUAACCUUUUUUUUUAAAUUCAGGUUCUCUGGUCAAGUAUGCCAAGCAGUUUUAAUGUAUUUUUUUUUGUAUUUCUCAUUUGGUUGAGAAGCUAACUGGAGAAAGAAAUGCUAUUUUCACAUUCAGCAGCGGUUUAAUGGUUAUUUUCUCCACCCACUGUUUCCUCUUUGCAGAAACUGCACAUUACCAUUUGUUGUUAUUA